GCAGACAAUGGCUCCUUUGUAAUGCAAUCCAACGCAGACAGGAGAUCCUUUUAUUGCAGAGAGAAGCGCUGUUGGGAAGGGACGUUGUUAGCGGGAAAAGAAUAGACCAAAGGCCGUGCUCAGAUGUCUCUCCAAGUCACCGUUCUAGUGGUCGGAGCUGGAAAUCGGGGAAGCAAUUAUUCUUCCUAUGCUCAGAUAUAUCCUGCGCGCAUGAAGGUGGUUGGUGUCGCAGAUCCCCGUGCCAUUGCAAGGAAGAAGCUCCAGGAAGCACAUCACAUUCAUGAAGACAAUGUGUUUGAUGACUGGAGAAGGGCAGCCGCGAGAGAGAGGUUUGCAGACGCUGUUAUCAUAGCAACGCCUGACAGUCUUCACAAGGCGCCGGCAGUGGCUUUUGCCCACAAAGGAUACCACAUCUUGUUGGAGAAGCCCAUGGCGGUAACGCCAGAAGACUGUAAAGCAAUUGUUCUGGCGUGUAAAACCAGCAACAUCAUCCUCGCCGUCUGUCAUGUCCUGCGUUACCACCCAGUCGCCUUGAAGAUAAAGGAAGUCCUGGAUGCUGGACUUAUCGGAGACAUUUGCCACAUUCAGCACCUGGAACCUGUUGGUUUCUGGCACUUUGCACACUCUUUUGUCCGAGGUAACUGGCGGAAUGAAGCUGAAAGUUCCUUUUCUCUGCUCACUAAAUCGUGCCACGAUGUUGACCUCGUCAGUUUUUGGAUGGGUGGCAAAAGAUGUCUGAAAGUCUCUUCUUUUGGCAGCGUGUCCCAUUUCACCAAAGAGCACAAGCCCAAAGGAGCUGCUGGCCGCUGUUUAGACUGUUCCGUUGAACAGACUUGCCCGUAUUCCGCUAAGAAGAUUUAUCUGGCACAGGCAGAGAAGGGUUCCUUUGACUAUCCUGUCUCUGUGGUCUGCAGUAGUGGUGAGUGCGAUGUCGAAUCGCUGACUGAAGCCUUGCGGCAUGGCCCAUAUGGAAGGUGCGUUUAUGAGUGUGACAACGAUGUUGUUAGUAACCAGGUUGUCAAUAUGGAAUUUGAAGGUGGAGCCACCGUGGCCUUGACGAUGGUUGCCUUUACAGAGAAACUGGGUGUGAGGAAAACAACCAUCUAUGGGACAAAGGGAGAGCUCUCUUGCGAGGAUUCAGGACGAGUGGAGAUUUUUGAUUUCCAGCAAAGGAAGAAAACCGUCUUUUAUCCCGAUAAAGCAGGCAACGUCCCAGCAGCAUUAAGCAGUCACGGCGGGGCAGACUACUAUCUCAUGGAGAGCUUCGUUUCAGCCGUAGCUGCGAAUGACCCAUCCCUGAUUCGGACCGGCGCAGACGAGACCUUAACCUCUCAUCUCCUUGUGUUUGAAGCUGAGAAAUCCAGAAAAGAAAACCGGGUUGUGUUUCUAGAAUCAUGAAGGCUGGGGAGGAGGGGCUCUGCUCUUCUUGGUCCGUUGCUAUACUGAUUUAUAAUGACUGAUUCUGUGACAUGCUGCUGAGUCAGUUCUGAUCGAAGACCUGCCUUUCAAGUGUGUCCCAAUUGGGGAAGAAGCUGGAACACUUAAGAGGAUGAGGUUAAAAGCUUGCAUUUCAAUGAUCUUAAGGGCACAUUUAUCAUUUCUACAAUGCAAUACUACAGGAAUGCAUCGGAAGUUUAUGAUCUUUUUGUGUGCAACAGAUAAUAAAUAAAUAAAUAAACCCUCCCCAUUAAAAUGAUUUGCAAGCUGCAUCUAUU